AUGACGGACUCUACCCGUCAGGCCUUAAUUGCGGCCUUUACUUUCGGUUUGGUCGCACAUGCUGGUACCGCUGCCAUCUUUUUUCUCAACAAGCGUACCUCCAAGAUCACCCGAGAUGCACCGAGGCUGGCCCUCAUUGCUUUCCUUAUUUCUUCAGCCCUUUGGGCCCAAUUACAAUUUGGUGCCUUCUUACUUAAUACCGAUUCGACAUCGAGCUGCCAGGUUAUGAUUGUCUUUGCAUCAACAUUCGACCAGUUUGCCCGAGUAUGUAUGCAACAAAGUUUACUAUGGACCUUCAGCGCCUUCAGCCUUGUCUCCCUCACCGAGGUUGGCAUCAUGCAAGGACUUGUAGUGUUGCGACUUAUCCUCGGAGGCAUCUUCGUAGGCUUUCAACGCCCACAGCUCGAGACUGUCUGCGUCACCAUGACUGCCGUUCUGCCGGUUGGAAUCACAGUCUCUGUCACAGACACUGCUUUCAUGGCAUUCCUCCUCAUUAGAGUCAUAUCCCGCGGAGUAUACUCUGAAAAUCAAAAGGGAGCCAUCACUUCCAACCAGUCUCGUGCAGUUGCAGUUAUUGUCUUGGGUUUCAUCAUCUGGACAGGAACCAGCGCCCCUCUGAUGCUGAGCAUUGGGCCAAUGCCUAUAAUUCACCGAACGACUGUGCCCGCGGUCGGUCUCUUGAUCUUGAUUGGUCUCCUCACUUCUUUCCAUCAUCGGUUGUUUCGCGAAACAACCAAAUCCGUACAAUCGCCAACUGUGUCCGACUUUGAUGCUUCGCGGGGCUUUGAUACUCGACAGAUGUACACUACCGAAAUCCAAGGCGGUUCCGAUUAUCGAGAUGACUUCGCGACAACAACGACGAGGGGCGACUUUACAGGAAUGUCCAAGCCUCUACCAGUUGCUACAGAAUCCGAGCGACUACCGAGUAUUUCGAUGCCUGCCGCUGGACAAGCGAAUAUUGGAAUGGGCGGUGUUCCCGUGCUGGGUCAACUGUUCCCCUUGCCGAAAACACAAACACCAUCAUUUCCUACAGAACCGAUCCAGGUACAGCAAGUGAUGACCGAGCAGACGAUGGUGGACAGAUGGAGUUCAGGAUCUAGCGUGGACGAAAGGGCAAUGUGGGAGAAUGGAGACAACCAAGUUGCUCCACGGCUAGAAGGCUUGGGUGAAAUUACGAAGCUAUCAACAGAACCCGAAAUCGCAGCCACCACAUCAGCUUUCCUGUCACCUGGGAUGGAGGGAGUUCGCCGACGCUCACCUCGACAGUCGCCUCAACAGUCUCCCCGACAAUCCCCUCAACGCCUACUGUCGCCAGCUUUGUCUCUCUUCCCACGCUCUCCUCGUUCAGUCUCGACUCCGAUAAAAGCUCAGGCACAAACUCCUAAAACCACGGAAGAGACCAUCGUCAACUUUUCUCUGCCUGUGACGGCACAAUCAUUGCAUUCGAAUCACUCAGUAAAGCACCAGGCCCCCAAGUCCGCGCCGUUGGCUGCCAUACCUAGGAGUAACGCCAAGGAAAUCCUGAGCAAGAGGGAGGAUUCUGCACGAACCCUUUCUGUGGUUCACAGACCCCGACCCAUCCCCAGGAAAUCGAACAUUGACCGUGCUCUCUUCCCAACCGGAGGAUCUCCCAAUCUCCAGAACCACAAGCGGUCGUUAUCACUCGGCGCCGAUCGAUCCAGGCAGCCAGUCGACACACCGGCAGCUAUCGAUUAUGAUCUAUCUCGACUAAAUGAGUUUGCUAAUGUCCUUGCGGCCAAUGUACCAACACAGAAUGAUGCAACAAGCCACCGCAAUACGAGACGACGAUCACAGUCGAUGGGCUCGCUCCCAAUACUAGCAGCUGACCUUGCACCGGUGCCCCCAAUGCCAAUGCCAAAGCACAGCGAAGCCAAGCCAAAGAUCGACCAUGGCGACGCGUCGGUAACGUUCCUAAGGACGCCAGAAAGCCUCAACUCAGCCAAGGCGCCUACACAAUCUCGGGAGAGUGUUAAGCAUACGACAAUUAAUCUGCCUAGAGAGCCAGGAUCAGAGACAAGCCCGUGUUGGAAACAAGAGUUAGCGAGCAGGUACGGACGACGGUCGUCACCUAUCCUACCGAUUGAGGACUUGAGUGCGCUCACUCCUUCUACGGUUCGAGAUGAUGAUAUGACAAUGGACAUGGCUGAUGUCCGCUCACCUGCGAUGCAAGUCCACCUGCAACGGGCAUUGACCGUGACCGUUACGCCGAAAAGCCAACAGCGGAGCCGACUUGGUGUUGCGGAUACAACAUUGCCCUUCAGAGAGGAGAACCACCAGACACCCCUUGCUGCCAACGCUAAUGUCGGAGUUGGAUCGGAGCUGCGACGUGCCGGGGACCUUGAAGUCAAGGUGGGGGAUGUGCGUCCAACAUUUUCAACAAGGGGAUACUCGACAAGAUCACGCCGGAGUGUGCCGCCAGCACCACUUGUUCUCCGCCGGCCCGGCAACAUGUAUGUUGAGCCAUCGCCUGUGGAAACCGACGAUAGUGCGAGCGUGGAAGAAGUUGCUCAUAAUGAUUCCGCUUCUCCGCACGCAUCUUAUCAGAUAACAGAGAAUGAUAGACUAGCGCUUUUGACAAACCUGGAACUGGAACUCAAUCAGCAGGAACACCAAUGGCAGACGAUUCGCCAUACCAUGCUGGCGCGUGAUUCGCUGUCUACAGUGGGAUCACCGCAUAGCCGAGAUUCGCGGUAUGUCCGUGGGUCAAGGCUUGUCCAGCGCGGUGAAUUAGAUGCGGACUACGAUCUUCUCGCCCUGUUUCCUCAGACCGACCUGAAAGCCAACGCAAAGCGCAUGCCUAGUUCUACCUACCCCAGGUUUACAGCCCCCUUAGGCACUCCUACCCCUCCAGACACUGAUGAAGAGAGCGAAUACGAUGAUGAUGAUCUGGAUGCUCUGAUUGGCCAGAUCCAGAGCACUCCUGUCCAGAAGGCCACGCUUCUUUGGCGCCCCACAGUUUCCGUCGCUACCAGCACCAGCACCAGCACCACAACGCUAUCACUCUGGACCCCGGCUUCCAGACCUGUGGGAGAUUUCGUGCCAGAGGAGAUCCCAGGACCGUCGAAACGUGGCCCCGUGAGGAAGGAUCUGAAGCCGCUCGUAAUUGAAAGUUCAAGACUGUGGGAAAAGUCUGAAUCCAAGUCAACAUCAACAGAUAAUGGACUAUGGCAGCCAACAUCUCAGGCUAAAACCCAAGUGUUGGAAGUUGAAUCACAGCAGCAGCAGCAGCAGCAGCAGCAGCAACAGGCAAAGCCGAUCCGCAACCCCCCUCGACGAAUUAGACGUGUCACAUUGUUGCCAGAUAUUCUAGAGAGCCCUAAACCACUGCCUGAUAAGCGCGGUACACUUGGGAUUUUCCAAUUCCCAUGGGGUGAUCGAUCAGAUAGUGCGACAGUGAACCCUUGGCCAUUGUCAACCAUGAGCGUGUCUGAGAUGAUCUAUCAGGCUGGUGCGCUUGAUGGGGGUGCAGGUGGCAUGGGUAUGCAGAGCAACGUCUCGCAAUUUGACAUGGACGACUACGAGCAGGAUGAUGGAGACUACUACGAUUCGAGCGAAACGUACGAUAGCGACGACGAGGAUAUGUUUGAGCGCGUUGAGCCUGUAUCUGCGGCCCAGCCAACAGCGGAUAAAUGGCUCCAUGAUGCCCCACAAGGUAAAAUGCAUGCAUCUCACGAGGACGAAGUAGAGUCUCGAUCAGAGUCUGAGUACGGCGACGACAUUGACUCUGGCUCAGAAUCAGAAUCAGAAUCAGAAUCAGAGGGAGAGCCUAUGUUUUUGAAACAUUUCAAGAGCUUGGAGCAUGAGCCAGUGACAGCAAAUGGGUGUGAAGAGGGCAACGGCGGCGACGUGAGCGAUGACAAAGCCAACCAGCGGACAAGUCCCCGCGCACAAGUUGAGCACGACAUUGAACAAGCUGGAGAUUGGACUGCAAAAGCCGAUACUAGCGCAGUUACCCCCACUACAACACCGACAAUGACGCUUACGGAUUUUGAUCUCCGAGAGGAAAAAACUCGAAUCAGGGUCCCAGACCGUCGGCAGCCGCAGCAGACUGCAUCAAUAAGCAUGCCUGUGCCGCAGAUGGCUCGCUGCUUAUUGAUGGACGUGGACCAAGCUUCACCUGGCGCACCAAUCAGAGACGUCGAUUCUCCUCAUGCGGAUGGAGAGCCCUGCACUGACAGGGAGUCCAAGUCCCGUGGCGCUCCAAGCGCAGGGCAACCGUCAGCGCCUGUGCUUCUGUUCCGCUUCUUGGAGGGUUCCAUUCCAAUUUCUAAGCCUGGAAAUCAAAGUUACGACGCUGUCUCUCCGAGCCCGCUCCAGCCAAAUCCGCUCGUCAUAUACAAAUCCGAGACCCCGACAGGCCGACAACAGACCUUGGUUAUUAACUUGGAAUACCCUGAGCCAUCUUCCUCCUCUUUCCCUCAUCAAUUUUCAUCUCUCCAACAAACAACGACAACUACAACCAAAUCUUCCAUGGCUCUUUGGACUCCCAGUACUCCCGUCACCCGUCCCAACCAAGGACUUCCUCAACCUGACAGUGCCACUUGGAACUCGUACUUGCCCACUGGUGAGGCUGCACGCCUCGUACCUGUAAAGGCCGACAUGCCUUCUAUCAAGAGCAACUCUCUCUGGACCGCACCAGCAAAGAAGGCUGAAUUCAACAACUUCGGACUUUGGGGAACCAAGCAGCCUCUGCCUGGCAUGUGGACUCACUCUCCCGUCAACACAAAGAUUUCUUACGGCCUUCCCCAGCCUGAUGCGGAGACCUGGGCAACUUAUCUUAUCGUCCAAGACGAUGCCAGCCGAGUAAAGCCUAGAGAGGCCGAACCUGCAUCUGUUUACAGCACAUCUCUGUGGACCCCCGCCAAACCCGUUAUUUCCGAAACCCCCUCCGAGGAUGGUCUCUGGAGCGGAUCAAGCUCCGCAACUUCGGUCAGCGGCCCCGAGCCUUCCACGCAUAGCGAUAAGGCGAUGUCCGCGGUCAACUUUGGAUUAUGGGAGCCUCUUCCUACCGUUGUUGAAGACGAGGAGCCUGUCGGUCUUUUCAGCCUCAGCCACCGCCGCACCAACUACCGGACAACCAAGAUGGCGCCUGCUGCCCAGGGAAUGGAACGCGCUCCCCGAAGAGCUCUUGAGGCAUUCCCCGAUUUCGGAUUUACCCACCUUUGGAACAUGGCUCCUCUUUGGGACUCCAAGGCCAACGCUUCUGCUAUCAAGUUGCGGCGCGAAAUCGAUUCGCUUGUCUUGGAGGGUUUAUUCAGCCUGAAUCAUCGCCGCAACACCUUCCGCACUACCUCCGCAAGCCCCGCAGCCCUCGACACACGGCCCAAGCAACGCAUCUCGCAGCAAUCUCUGCCGGUGCUCACCUCAGAUAGCCUCUGGUCCGUGCACGCGUCAUGCAAGGAUGUUAGCGAAGUCAACUGGCUCGCUCUCUCCACAGUCAGGCCGAGAGCAACCUCGGUUGCAUCCUUCUCUGAUAGCGAAUCUAUCAUGUCUGUACCUGCUCUCACUAGAACCUCCUCCAUCAAGUCCGAGAGGUCCCGCCCUGCUGCUACUCCUGCAGAGUGGCUCGCUGCUCUCGACGAGGCCAUCAAGCAGGGAUCUGGCAAGACCCUCAAAAUCGAUACCGAAGGCUCCUACCAGCUCUGGUCAAAGCCUGAGGCUGAUGUUGACGAGCCUGUUAUCGCCUCGGAUGAACUCUGGAAGCCCAUGAACAACCGCUACCUCGAAUUGACCCCUACAAAGAGCGAAUUUGACCAGGUGUAUUCCGAGUCUGGUACUUCCCAGCGUGGUCGCACCCAGAAGGCCCGUCCUCCGAUGCCUAUGUACCCUGGCUCUUCCUCAUCUGCCUUCCUCCCUGGUGCAAGCGAGACUCCUCGCGACUUCAGUACGCAGGCGCUCUGGGCUCAGCCUCAGUCUCCUGGUCGCGAAGAUGGAUACUGGAUGGACAGGUCCCUGCGAAAGGGACUGUCAUUCGUGCAGCUGUGGUAA